GAGUUGUGUUUUAAAACGAAUGGACGUGAGUGCGGAGAAUUAAAACUAAAGAAUUAAAAAGUAUAAGCAAAAAAGCUGAAAAAGAAACAAAAAAAAAACAACCAAUACUAGUUAAAAAACUAUUACACAAAAACCGCUUUUGUAUGAAAAAUAAAUAAAAGUGAACAAAAAAUAUACAAAAAAGUUACAUAUUUAUUGAACAAAACAGAGGAGGAUACAACAACAAAUAAUAAAAUAAAAAUUACACAAAUAUUUAUAACAAAUUGUUAGUAAUUUAUUUGUGCAAAAACCUAUCAACAAGUGAAUGAAGUGAGUGUGUGUGCAAAUCUGCAACUUAAACAAAACUCUUCCUUCUAAACACCCUAUAAAGAUCACCUGGAAUUUUAGAAAUACCAAAAAAAAACAACCACACCAUACUAACAAAAGUUCAAACAAAAAAUUUAAGCAAAAUUUUUAUUUUGAACUUUUUUACUAAAGGAGAAGAAACCCCCAAAAAAAGCAGAGCAGAGAAAGAGAGAAAACGGUUACAACAAAAGUUUAACUUGAAACGUCAACGUUUUUUCUACCUACCUUAAAAAACCCACAACAACAACAAACAUCAAAAAGGAAAUUACAAAAAAAACUAAGUUUUUUUUUAAACAAUUUUUGAUUUACAAGUUGUUGUAAGUGAAAAAAAGAUCGCAAGAGCAAAACUAGUUUCACUAGAUCAGCUCACAAAAUUUCAUUAUAAAGAAAUUUUGUAUCGUCCUGCCAGCAAGAAAAAAGAGCACAUUUUAGGAGAGACAACUAGGAAGGCGUAUUUAGAGUUUCCUUCUUCAUCAUUAUUUUUUCGUUUUGGUGGUUAAAUAAAAAUCAUUCACGCUGGAUUUGGGAUACUACGAAGCUGUUAAAGCAUCACAAUAUGAACCGGGCGGUUAUUCAUUACAGACACAAACCAGCCGUAAUUCAGCCAACAUGACACAACGCGAUGGUAUUAUGAAAUUCGAAAAUGAAAGAAUUAAAACCCUACAAGAAGAACGUUUACACAUACAAAAGAAAACCUUUACAAAAUGGAUGAAUUCAUUUCUUGUAAAAGCAAAAAUGGAGGUCGAAGACCUUUUUACAGAUUUAGCGGAUGGUGUCAAAUUGCUGAAAUUACUUGAAAUAAUAUCAGGUGAAAAGCUGGGAAAACCUAAUAAUGGACGUAUGCGUGUACAUAAAAUUGAAAAUGUUAACAAGAGUCUGGCAUUCUUGCAUACCAAGGUCCGUUUAGAAUCCAUUGGCGCCGAAGAUAUUGUCGAUGGUAAUCCCCGCUUAAUAUUAGGUCUUAUCUGGACAAUCAUUUUACGAUUUCAAAUUCAAGAAAUUGAAAUCGAUGUCGACGAAGAGAAUGAAUCGUCCGAAAAACGUUCUGCCAAAGAUGCUUUACUAUUGUGGUGUCAGCGUAAAACACACGGUUAUCCCGGUGUUAAUAUACAAGAUUUCACCUCCUCGUGGCGUUCCGGUUUGGGUUUCAAUGCUUUAAUACAUUCGCAUCGUCCCGAUUUGUUUGAAUACAGCACAAUUGUUAAUUCGAAAAAUACAAAUAUUGAUAAUUUGAAUCAUGCCUUUGAUUUGGCCGCCACUGAAUUGGGUAUACCAAGUUUAUUGGAUGCUGAAGAUAUUGAUUCAGCACGUCCAGAUGAAAAGUCUAUUUUAACUUAUGUGGCCUCUUAUUAUCACACCUUUGCACGCAUGAAGAACGAACAGAAGAGUGGAAAACGUAUUGCAAAUAUUGUGGGUCAAUUAAUGGAUGCUGAUCGUAAGAAAAUUUACUAUGAACGUUUAACCACAAAUUUACUUAGUUGGAUUAGACAGAAAACAUUGGAACUACAGCAACGUGAUUUUCCCAAUUCAUUGGAGGGUAUACAAAAGGAACUUUUGGCAUUUAAGGAAUACAGAACUAUAGAGAAGCCUCCAAAAUACAAAGAACGCAGUGAAAUUGAAGCUUUAUAUUUUACCAUCAACACCCUGCUAAAAGCUCUUAAUCAACCACCCUACAAUCCACAAGAUGGCCAACUGGUUAAUGAUAUCGAGAAAGCGUGGCAAUUGCUGGAAUAUGCUGAACAUCAUCGUGAAGUAGCACUGAGAGAAGAACUUUUGCGUCAAGAGAAAUUAGAGCAAUUGAAUUAUAAAUUCGAAAAGAAGUCAGUAUUGCGUGAGGGUUAUCUAAAGGAAAUGAUACAGGUCCUUUCAGAUCCACGCUAUUUGAAGCAAGUUGAUGCUACGCUCAAGAAACAUGAAGCCAUUUCGGCCGAUAUAUUGGCCAGAGUUGAACGUUUCAAUGAUCUGACGGCUAUGGCCGAUGAGUUGGAACGUGAAAACUAUCACGGCAAAGAGAGAGUGAAAAAGCGAGAGAAUGAGGUUAUGGAGAAAUGGCGUAAAUUGUUGGAGCUGUUGGAGAAUCAACGUUUGAAUUUGUCACAAAUGAGCACCUUAAUGAAUUUGCUGCGAGAAAUUGCCAGCACCACAGAGUCCAUACGUGAAUUGCAAAUACAAUUCAGAUCCGAGGAUGUGGGACCACAUUUAUUGGGUGUUGAGGAGUUAUUGCAGGCUCACUCGCUGCAGGAAUUGCAAGUGAAUACUUAUGGUGAAACAAUUAAACGUUUCACCCGACAGGCCUUGCCAUUUAAAAACUCUGAACACAAAGAUGCCGCCGUACUUGCAAAGAAAUUGGCUGAAUUGGAAGAGGCCUAUAAGGUGUUGCAAGAACUUUGUGCCAAACGCCGAGCUUGCUUAGAAGAAGCCCGUAACUUCCAUCAUUUCAUGGAAGAUUACGAUAACGAAGAGGGCUGGCUGGUGGAUAAACAGCGCAUAUGUAAAACUGGCAUUACCGCCAAAGAUCUAAGAGCUGUUUUGUCUUUGCAGCAAAAGCACAAGGCUUUGGAAGAUGAAAUUAAAUCCCGCAAAUCAAAAUCCCAACAAAUGUCAGAUGCUGGCAAACGGUUGAUAGCUGAUAAGCAUCCCAGAUCGGCGGAAAUUAAAUCAAGAACCGAUAGUUUAGAUGAUCAUUGGAAGGCCUUGGAAGAAUUGGUAGAAAUGCGUCGCAGACAACUAGAAGAUGCUGCCGAAGCCUAUCAAUUCUAUACAGAUGCCAAUGAGGCGGAAUCGUGGUUGAACGAAAAAAUGGCCUUAGUCAAUUCCAAAGACUAUGGCAAUGAUGAACCCUCAGCUCAGGCUUUAUUGCAAAGACACCGUGAUCUUCAGGGUGAAUUAAAUGCCUAUUCGGGCGACAUACUAAAUCUAAACCAACAAGCCGAUAAACUAAUCAAAGCUGGUAUUUGUACUUUGGAGUUAUCGGCCAAUGAGCCAGAAAUGCCCGAAAUAGAGCAACAACAACAGGAGGAAUGGGUGAAUGAAACACGUUUAGUGCCCAAAGAAGUUUGGGAAGAUGAAUGGGUGGAAAAAUUGGAACAUCGCAAGGUCACCGAAACGAAAAUGUUGCCACACGUUCGGGCCAUGUUUCCCUUCGAAGGUCAAGGCAUGAAAAUGGAAAAGGGCGAAGUAAUGCUAUUAAAAUCCAAAACCAAUGAUGAUUGGUGGUGUGUGCGCAAAGAAAAUGGUCAUGAAGGUUUUGUGCCCGCCAACUAUGUUAGAGAAAUUGAGCCACGUCCCGUAACCUGUAUAGUGCCUAAAGCUGAGAAAGUAAAAGCUUUGCAAAAAGUCAAGAAAACCAUAUUGGUGCGUCAGGUGGUCCCAGUUAAGCGUGUCAAACCCACCGUCGUUACACCCAAACCUUUGGUCAAGCGUCGCACCUCGGUCAACAGUAUUAAUGAAAAUUCCGACAGUGUAGAGAAGAGACAAAAACGCAUUAAUGCUACCUACGAUGAAUUACAAGAUACUGCCCAAAAACGUCAUGCUCUCUUGGAAGACUCCAUACACCUCUUUGGUUUCUAUCGUGAAUGUGAUGACUUCGAGAAGUGGAUGAAGGAGAAAGAACGUAUGAUUAAAUCCGAUGAAGGUGGUGAAGGCGUAGAGAAUGCUAAACGUAAAUUCGAAAAGUUCUUGACAGAUCUUUCGGCGGCCUCAAAACGUAUUGAGGAAAUCGAUUCGGCUGUGGACACAUUCCGCAGACAGGGUCAUUCCCAACUAGACAAGAUAAUAGCACGUCAGAAGCAAAUACACCAAAUCUGGCAGAGACUUAAUAAUGCCAAGGUUCAAAAAGAGAAGAGCUUGGAAGGAGCUUCCAGUGUGGAAUUAUUCAAUCGUACUUGUGAUGAAGCUAAAGUAUGGAUGAGUGAGAAAAUGUUACAGUUAGAUACUGCGGUAAUAAGUCCGGAUCUGAAAACCGUACAGGCCUUGCAAAGACGUCAUCAAAAUAUGGAACGUGAAUUGGCACCCAUUGAAGAGAAAGUUAACCGUGUCAAUUACCUGGGUAAUUCAGUGAAAAAUGCCUAUCCGGCCGAAAGAGAUAAUGUGACAGCCCGUCAGCAAGAAGUACAAGACAUGUGGGGUCAAGUCCACAAUAAGAGCAGUGAAUUAAGAGCUCGUAUUGAAAGUGCUGUAGGUCAACAGAUUUUCAACAACAGCGCCAAAACGUUGUUAGCCUGGAUUGAUUCGGUUAAGGAUCAAUUGAACUCCGAUGAACCAGCCAGAGAUGUGGAAACUGCUAAUAAGCUGUUGAAACAACACAAUGAUUUGGGCGAUGACAUUAAAGCUCAUGACAAUGAAUUUGCUGAAGUUAUUAAUUUGGGCAAACAAUUGUCAGAUGGUAAGCCGAACAUGCAAGAAACUGUCAAGAUCAUUGAGCGUCUUAAGGCCGAACAAGAUGCCAUUCAUCGUGGUUGGUUGGAGAAGCAAAAGUGGUUGCAACAAUGUGUGGAAUUGCAAAUUUUCAAUCGUGAAGCUGACAAAAUUGAUGCUACCACUAAGAGUCAUGAAGCCUUUUUGGAAUAUAAUAAUUUAGGAAACUCCUUAGAUGAAGUAGAAGCAAUUUUGAAACGUCAUCUGGACUUUGAGAAGAGUUUAAUGGCCCAGGAUAAAAUCCUUAAAGGUUUCUCCGAUAAUGCCGAUAAAUUAAUCGCCAACAAACAUUAUGACGACAAAUACAUUGAUGAUCGACGCAACCAAGUUUUGGCUAAACGCAAAGCUGUGAAAGACAAAGCCUUUGAGCGUAAACGUUCUCUGCAAGCCUCUAAGGACUUCCACAAGUUUGCCGCCGAAGCCGAUGAUUUGGAUGCCUGGUUGAAGGAUAAAACAAAAAUAGCUGGAGACGAAAACUACAGAGAUCUAAGCAACUUGCCACGCAAAUUACAAAAGCAUAAAGCUUUCGAGCGAGAACUUCGCGCCAAUGAAGGUCAAUUGCGCAACGUUAACAAGGACAGUGAACAAUUGAUUGCUGCCAACAACCGUAAACCUGAAGUAGAGAAACGUGUUAGCGACUUAAAUAAGAAAUGGAAGGAUCUAUUGGUUUUAUCAGAGGAUAAGGGACGCAAACUGGAACAAGCAGCUUCACAGCGUGAACAUAACAGAGCCAUUGAAGAUGCCAAAAAGAAGGUGGGUGAAUUAGAUUCUGCCCUGAAGAGUAAGGAUGUGGGCAAUGAUUUGAGAAGUUGCAAAGAUCUUAUCAACAAACACCAACUAUUGGAAUCUGAAAUUACCGUAUGGGAACAAAAGAUCGAUGAAUUGGUUAAUUCUGGCGAAGAAAUGGCCCAUGAAGGUCACUUUAAUGCUGACAACAUUAAGGGCGAAUCCAAGGAUAUACAAAAUAGAUUUAAACUAUUACGUGAUCCCAUGCAAAAGAGACGCGAUGAGCUAGAGGAAAGUCUUAAUUAUCACAAGUUUGUAUUUGAACUAGAUAAUGAAUUCCAAUGGAUUAACGAUCAUUUGCCCGCUGCCAAAUCCAAAGAACUGGGCCAAAAUCUUCAUCAAGCCCAAACUUUAUCCAAAAAGCACAAGAAGUUAGAAGCUGAAAUCAAGGGCCAUCAGCCCAUGAUCAACAAAGCUCUACUAGCUGGCCAGGCCUUGGUACAGCAAAAUCAUCCCGAAAAGGAAAAUGUCAAAGAUCUGUGCACCAAGCUUGAAGAUGCCUGGAACGAUUUGGAGUACAACACCAAUGAACGUAGUAAGAAAUUGGAAAUGUCUUUGAAGGCCCAACAGUACCUCUAUGAUGCCAGCGAAAUUGAAGCCUGGUUGGGAGAGAAACAAAAUGCUCUCAGAUCUACCGAGUAUGGUCGCGAUCGUGAUUCUGCUGCCAAACUCUUAACCAAACACAAAACAAUUGAGUUGGAAUUGGACACUUAUACCGGCAUUGUUACCGAAAUGGGACAUAAUUGCGCAGCCAUGGUAGCAGCCCAACAUCCGGACAGUAAAAUCCUAUCGGCCAAACAGCAACUAAUUGAAAAAAUGCUAAAAUCACUGCAUAAACUGGCCUCCCAAAGACAACUGCGUCUCAUGGAAAGCUUGUACAUGCACGAAUAUUUCAUUGAAUCGGAUGAAGUUGAGCAAUGGAUAAAAGAACAAGAACAGGUGGCUUCUUCAGAGGAUUAUGGUCAAGAUUACGAACAUUUGCAAUUGUUGCAAAACAAAUUCGAUGAUCUUAAGCAUCGCGUAGAAGUAGGAGCUGAUCGUGUGGUACAAUGUGAGGUAUUGGCUAAAAAACUAAUUGACACAGAAAGUCCUUAUGCUCCAGACGUUGAAAAGAGACAGGAGCAAUUACGCAUGUCUUGGGAUAAUCUUCUCAAAUUGUUGAACUUAAGAGAACAGAAAUUACAUGCCGCUGGUGAAAUUCAUCGUUUCCAUCGUGAUGUAGCCGAAGCUUUGUUCCGUAUACAGGACAAAAAUGCUGCUCUUUCCACCGAAUUGGGUAAAGAUUUGAACUCUGCCUUAGCCUUGACACGUAAACAUGAAGGCUUUGAAAACGAUUUGGUGGCUUUGGAAGCCCAAUUGCAAGUUUUGGUUGAGGAUUCUGUACGUCUGCAAGCCAAAUAUCCCUCUAAUGCCGCUGCUAUUGCCCAACAACAAGACAAGGUGGUCGCAGCCUGGAAUGAUUUGAAAGAACGUUCCGGUGCUAGAGGUGAUCGUUUAGCAGCCAGUUAUGAUCUACAAACUUUCCUCACUGAUGUCAGAGAUAUCAUGUCUUGGUCGUCUAACUUGCGCGCUGCCUUGCAGGCUGAAGAGCACGUCAGUGAUGCUGCUGGCGCUACAGCACUUAAAAUUCAACAUGAUGCCAUUUAUGGUGAAAUUGAAGCCCGCGAAGAUAAAUUCCGUCUACUCAAUGAACUAAGUGAUUCUAUGGUCCAGACUGGCCACUAUGCUGCUGCCGAGGUUGAAGAGAAAUGUUCUGCCAUGUUAGAUGAACGCGCUAAACUACACACAGCAUGGAAUAAGAAGAAAAUUAUGUUGGAACAAAAAAUCGAUUUGUUCUGCUUUUUGCGUGAUGCCAAGCAAAUUGACAACCUUUCCAGUUCUCAACAGGCUGCCUUGUCCAGCUCCGAUUUUGGCCAAACCGUUGAAGAUGUACAAAAUCAAAUUAAAAAGCAUGAUGAAUUCGAAAGACUCAUACAAACUCAAGAAGAUAAGGUGGCUUUGUUGCAGGAACAUGGUCGUAAGCUGAUCGAGCAAAGACACUAUGACAGUGCAAAUAUACAAACGAUUUUGCAGGGUGUCUUGGCCAGACGUCAAAAGGUUAAAGAUCUUUGUGCCGUUAGACGUUACAAACUGGAAGAUGCUCUCCUCUAUGCUCAAUUCGUUAGAGAUUGUGCUGAAGCUGAAUCUUGGAUAAAUGAGAAGCAAAAGAAAUUGGAAGCCGAUGCUGGCAACUACAACGAGGUCUCCAAUCUUGAUGAGAAGAUCAAGAAAUUGCAGAAACAUCAAGCCUUCCAGGCAGAAGUAGCUGCUAACCAGGGACGUAUUAAGGAAAUUCAAGAGAAGGGAUUAAUUCUACUCUCCAAACAACACGAAUCCUCACCUGAAAUCAAACAAGCUAUCGAUCGUGUGCUUUCAGCUUGGAAGGGUCUUUUGGAUGAACUCGACAACCGUGGUCGUGGUUUAGAAGAGGCUCAAGAUAUCUUGGAAUUCAAUAAUCAAUUGGACAAGAUUGAAGCCUGGAUAAGAGAUAAGGAAAUGAUGGUUCAAGCUAGCGAUACUGGCCGUGAUUUGGAACAUUGCAAUGCUUUAAUGCGUAAAUUGGAUGAUGUUGAUUCCGAUAUGAGAGUAGAUGAUCAACGUGUGAAACAUAUCAAUACUCUGGCCGAUAAAUUGAUUAAUCAAGGUCAAGUACCAGCAGAAUCUGCCAAUAUUGACAAACGUAGACGUGAUUUCAACAAUAAAUGGCGUCAAUUGCAAGGAGCUUUGAAUGCCUACCGUGCCUUAUUGGGUGGAGCCAAUGAAAUACAUGUUUUCAACAGAGACGUCGAAGAUACAGCUGAACGUAUAGCUGAGAAAGCUUUAGCCAUGAGCUCUGAAGACACUGGUCGCGAUUUAGCUGCCGUCGAGACUUUAAUACGUCGCGAAGAUGCCUUGGAGCGUGAUAUGUCUGCUGUCAAGCAAAAAAUAUCCGAACAUGAACAAAAUGCUCGUACUUUGCAGAAUAAAUAUCCAGAAAGAGCCAUGGAUAUUGCUCAGAAACUAGAUGAACUAUCACUCUCCUGGAAACAAUUGCAAGACUUGGCUGUCAAAAGACGUAAACUUCUCAAUGAAGCCUAUUUGGUACACAAAUUUGUAUCUGAUGUACGGGAAUUGGAACUUUGGGUAAAUGACAUGAUUAAGAAAAUGAAUGCUGCACCUACACCAAUGACCAUUAAUGAUUGCGAAACCCAAUUGGAAUUGCAUCAGGAAAGAAAAGUUGAAAUUGAUGGUCGUGACAAGGCCUUCAAAGACUUGAAACUCCAAGGUGAACAAUUGUCGGACAAUGAUAAAUCCGACAGAGCUAAACAACAUCUUAAAAUAUUGGAAGAUUUACAUCAAAAUCUUCACGAAGCCUGGAGUGAUAGAGCCAAGGAUUUGACAGAAGCCCAUCAAUUGCAAUUGUUCAAGGCUCAAGUGGAACAAGUCGAAAUAUGGUUGGCCAACAAGGAGGCCUUCCUUAACAACGACGAUUUGGGUGAUUCAUACACUGCUGUCGAAAGACUCCUUAAGAAACAUGAAGCUUUCGAAAAACUCUUGGAUUCCGACAAUGUCUCUGACUUGGAAAAGUUUGCCAAGUCGAUACUUGAAGGCGAACCCAAUGGAGCUGAUGUCAUAAGAGAAAAACUGGCCUAUGUAGUGAGAAGAAAAGAAAAACUAAAUAACUCAUCACAAGAGCGUAAACAAAGAUUGCAACAAUCCCUACAAUUGCAAGAAUUCCUAAGAAGUCUUUAUGAAAUCGAUCGUUGGUUGGUGCAAAAAAUGCAGAUAGCCAUGGACGAGAACUAUAGAGAACCCAGCAACUUGCAGAGUAAAUUACAAAAGCAUAAUGCUUUCGAUAGUGAAUUGCUCAAUAAUGCUUCCAGAGUUCAGGAUGUAAUCAAGGAAGGAGAACGUUUGAUCAAAAACGAUCACUAUGCCAAGGAAGAAAUUGCCCAACAGUUGGAAAUGCUCGAGGCAGAUUGGUUGAAACUUAAGUCAGCUUCUAAAGAAAAGAAUGAUAAAUUGAAUCAAGCCUAUGAAGCGCUCACCUUCAAUCGUAGUGUGGAUGAAUUCAACAACUGGAUGGAUGAAGUGGAGUCUCACUUGUCCAAUGAAGAUUAUGGCAAAGAUUUGGCUGCAGUUACCAAUCUAAUUAAGAAACAUGAACGUUUAGAGGCCGAUGUAGCUCAUCAUGCCGAAUUAGCUGAACAGAUUAAACAACAAGAUGAGAAAUUCUUCCAAGCCGAUCAUUUCCUUAAAGACGAUAUUCAUGAGCGUGCCAUGUCUACAAUAAAACGCUAUCAUACCCUCCAUGAACCUUUGGGCAUUAGAAGGGAGAACUUAGAGGACUCUUUCAGUUUGCAACAAUUCCUUCGUGAUGCCGAAGAUGAACUACAGUGGCUAAACGAAAAGGAAGCUAUUGCAGGCUCUGAAGAUUUAGGCACAUCCUUGACAGCAGUUCAGACUUUGCAAAAGAAACAUCAAGCCUUGGAAGCCGAACUCUUAUCCCAAGAGCCAUUGAUACAAUCUUUGCUACAGCGGGGAGAUCAAAUGAUACGCGAUAACCACUUUGCCUCAGAACAGCUGCAAUACAAGUGUGAUCGCAUUAAGAGCAAAUUAGUAAAUCUACGUGAACUGUGCAGCAUACGCCGUAUAAGACUUUUGGAUGCCGUAGAAUCACAAAUGUUCUAUGUUGAGGCCAACGAAGCCGAAUCUUGGAUCAGAGAAAAGAGACCAAUUGUUGUGUCCUCGGACUAUGGCAAAGAUGAGUUGUCUGUUCAAUCCCAUCAAAAGAAACUUGAAGUUUUACAACGCGAAUUGCAGUCAUUUAAACCUUCAAUUGAAAAGGUUAAUAAGUUAGCUUCAAAUUUGGUGGAACGCAAUCACUUUGACAGUGCCAACAUUAAAGCAAAACAAGAUUCUGUUAAUAGUCAAUAUGAAGAACUUAAACGCUUGGCCAAGGAUCGUGAAGUUCGCCUGCAAGAAAGCAAAUUAUUGUUUGAAUAUUUGCGUGAAACUGAAGAUCUUCAUGAAUGGAUUAACGAUCAAAUGGCUGUUACCGCUUCGGAAGAUUACGGUGAAGAUGUUGAGCAUGUUGAGCAGCUGAUAUUGGUAUUUGAAACUUUUGUUUCUAAUCUUACGGCCAACGAAGGCAGAGUUAAGGCCCAUUUGGAGAAAGGUGAUGAAUUGAUUAAGGAAAAUAAUCCCUAUAGAACAUCAAUUAAAACUAAACGUGAUGAAACCAAACAAUUAUGGGAUGAACUUAAAGAUCUGGUGUCGGCACGUAAAGAUGCUUUGGACGGUGCCAAACAGGUACAUGUAUACGAUCGUGUUGCUGAUGAAACUAUUUCUCUGAUUAACGAAAAAGAAGCCAAUUUAAUAUCGGAAGAUUAUGGUCAAGAUUUAGAAAGUAUACAGGCUUUGAACCGCAAACAUUUGGUUUUCGAAACUGAAUUGGAAGCCAUACGAGAACAGGUGAAUUCUGUUAUGAAUGAAGCCAAUAACUUGGCUGAAAUCUAUCCCGAUGCCAAGGAACACAUUGAAGUUAAGAGAGAUGAAACCAUUGAAGCUUGGGCAGAUAUUACAGAAAAAUCAAAUAUACGCAAGGAAAAACUACAACAAGCUGAACAAUUGCAAUCAUACUUUGACGAAUACCGUGAUUUAAUAGCCUGGAUCAAUGAAAUGUUAGCCAAAAUUACUGCCCCCGAUUUGGCAAAUACUGUAGCAGGAGCAGAAUCCCUAUUGGCCAGUAUCAAAGAGCAUCAUGCCGAGAUCAGAGCAAGAGAUGAAACCUUUGCCAAAUUCAAAGCCAAGGGUGAAAAACUCAUAAGAGAGAAACACUUCCUGGCCCAUGAAAUCGAAGAGAAAAUACAGGUUCUACAACAAAGACACGAACUAUUGGAACACACUUUACAGCAACGUAAGGAAAUCUAUGAACUUAAUUUGGAUACUCAAAUGUUCUUAAAGGAUGCUGACAUUUUGGAAAAUUGGAUCGUCAGCAGAGAGCCUUUACUCAAAGAUACCAAAGUUGGUGAUUCAAUACCACAAGUGGAAGACUUGCUGAGACGCCACUCUGAUUUCGAAAAGACUGUAGAAGCUCAAGAGGAGAAAUUCCAAGCCAUUAAGCGUAUUACCUUAUUAGAACAAAGAUUCCGCAAACAAGUUGAAAGCGAGAAAUUGGCCAAGCUUAAAGAAAAGGAACGUUUGGAGAAGGAACGUCUAGAAAUGUUGAAACAAAAAGAGUUGCAACGUCUCAAUGACGAAAGAAGACGUGCUGAAAAACAAAUGGAGCAUAGAAAUAAUGCCAAUAAUCAAGAAAAGACUCCUAUUUUCUCAAGUCCUAUGGUAACCGUUACUGCCGGCUCCGGUAAUAAUACACCCAGCCAAAAUACACAAUCACCCUUGAGACCUGUAUCCGCCUACGAAGACGAUCAGUAUGGUCUGCAAAAGAGCUCCUCGUCCAACAUCUUUGGCGAUCGCUUAAGACGUGGCUCCGAUCAGAAUGUCAAACGUGCCGAAUCCAUGAAAGUUCAACAGAAACAACCAAAACGUACACCAUCAUUCACAACACGUCGUCGCGCUCAAUCAUUCCGUAAGAAUCAGAAAGGUGAAGGUUUCGACUUACCACCCGUAGAAAUUCAAGGUAUGCUUGAGAGGAAACAUGGUCUACAGUCGGGCGGUAAAAAGGCACCCGUACGUUCCUGGAAACAAUUCCAUACUGUAUUGUGUGGCCAACUGUUGUGUUUCUUCAAGGAUGAAAAUGAUUUCCUGCAACAGAAGACCGCCAAUGCACCCGUCAAUAUAUUGGGAGCGAAAUGUGAACGUGCCGAAGAUUAUACCAAGAAGAAAUAUGUAUUCAGAUUAAAACUACCCGACGGUUCAGAGUUCUUAUUCGAAGCACCCUCUUUGGAAAUUAUGAACGAUUGGGUUCGUAAGAUAUCAUUCCACGCUAGUCUACCACCAAAUCUACAAUUGUUAAGUUAUGAUGACUCCAUGAAGCAACAAUCAAACAGCUUCCCCGAUAUUAAAGUAGUCAGUGGUCAAAGUGUAGAAUCACCCGUAAGUUCUCGUACUUCAUCGCCUGAUUCACAAAGACGUUCUGCAUCCCGUACGAACUCUAUGAAUAGCAGCAUUUCUAUUAGUUCCACAGCUACUCCACAAAUGAACUUUUUACAAAAACAAAUGCAACAACAACAGCAGCCACCCUCUUCGCCAACCGGAUCAGUAGGUUUUGAACACAAACCACCCAUACCACCUAGAGGUGCACCACCACCAGUACCCAAUCGUCAAAGUACCGAUAAUUUAGUUGUCAUGCGUAAUCCCCUCAAUACCAGUACAGAAUAUGGUUCCGAAAUUAUUGGAGGCAGUAUGCCACGUUUACCGAAUGGUUCAAAUGAUGACAAUGUCGUUGUUUUAAAACGCAAUAGUGAGGCUAGACAAUCAGAAAAUCCUCCACCUUUACCAACGACAAUGCCACCAUUAGCCAGAGUAGCAGAUUCUUCUGCUGCUGCCGGUCAGCAGCAACAUCAUCAUCAUGCAAACCAUCAUCAACAUCAGGCUCAAGUUCAGCAACGUAUAAAUGCCUUUAAUGCGGCUGCUGCCGCUACAGGACAACAUCCUAAUGAACCGCAAGCAAAUUAUAUGAGAGUACAACAACAGCAGCACAAAAUAAUUGCAGCUCCCCGUUCAAGUUUAAGCGGUACGAGCGGUACAACUGCUGGUGGUAGUAGUAAUUUGGUAACAAAAUUCAUAGAAAUGGAGACAGCAACGGGUGUGCAACAACAGUUGCCUGGUGUAACUACAACAAAACGUACCGUACACUCUACCAUCUCGACUAGUUCGAAUUCCAGUCUGGGCAGUAAUAGUCCCAUUAACAAUACUGUACUCAUAACGCGCAGCAACAGCAAUAAUAACAGUAAUAAUGGUAAACAUCAACAACAAGUCAAUAACUAUAAUAAUAACAAUACUAUUACAACUACAACAUCAUCAUCAUCCUUUCAACAAAUUUCUACCACAUCAUCUAUCACAACAACAACAUCAUCAUCAUCCUCCUCGCAACAUAGUCGUACAGUGUGGCAUUUUACAAACAACUUGAAUAGUAGUAGCACUGAAAAUAAUUCCAUUAAUAAUCCAAGUUACAUGAGUGUCAUCAAUAAUAAUAACAAUCAUCAUAAUAAUGAGGGUUGGGGUACAAGCCGAUUUGAAUCAACGCGACCCGUAUCAUUACAGCCCGACUCAAUAAAUUUGUCACGUGUUUCGGCCGAAAGUUCCAGUGAAAGUGAAGCUCAGUCCAUAUCCUCGGUGUCGGGAGUUAAGGGCAGUAAAUCUAAAGAAGAUCGUCGCAGUGGUGUAUUUAGAAUAUUUGGCCGCAAAGGAGGCGACAAGGAGAAAGAAAAGGAUAAAGAUAAACGCCGUUCAAGCCAAACACCUCAAUAAGCAGCAAAUAACAAAUAUAAACGAUAAACGAUAACGAUUAAUUGUUUGCAAAAAAUAUAAGGGACAGUAAAUUUUCAAAUGAGUGUAUGGUUUAAAAUCAAACAACAACAACAAAAACUAAAACAAUAUCAAGGCAUUGUUUUGUUUUAUAUUAUUAAAAAUAUUUUUAUACAAUUAUUUUAUAUACCUACACAUACAUACAUAUAUAUUUUUAUAAUUAACUUUUAAGAUAAUUUGAAAAAAAAAAUUAAAAGAAAUAUCUUGUUUUUUUUUUUUAAUAAAUAUAAAUAUAUUUUAUUAAUUAAUGUCAUUAUUGCUUAACAGCAAAGUAAAAUCACGUUUAACGCGAAUUAACUUAUUUAUUUUUUUUAUUAAUUUUUUAGUAUUUUUAAACUUUUACACAAAAUAAUGUAAAAAAAAAAUAAAACAAAUAUUUUGAAAAA